AUGGCUAACGCAAAAGUUAAGACGUCGGUAAUAAAAUUGGUUUCUACUGCUGCAACCGGUUAUUUUAGACAUAUUACAGUUAAAAAGGGUGCACCAAUGGUGACUCAAGUAAGAUACGAUCCUGUGGUAAAAAGACAUGUGUUAUUUAAAGAAUCAAAGAAUAGAAAAGUUGCUGAAAGAAAACCUGUAAUCUUUUCAAGAGCACCAAAGGGUGUAAAAGUAUAA